CGCUAGCUGUAUCUUUGAGAGACGAAAGAAUAUUAGGAGGAACAAACAGGAAGAUUUGGCUGAAAAGUUUUUGUUCUGCUUCUGUUUGCUUGUUCAAUCUUUUUUGGCUCUCAAGAGAAUGGCUUGGGUCUUUCUGAGUGUUCAGAAGAGGAACUGAAAACUUCCCCUAACACAAAGCUUUUCUUUGCUCAGGUUUCAGUCCUGAGUGCGUAGCUGGAAGACGAGGAAGAAACUCUUGGUGAAGACUUUUAGAAGGUGAGAGGGGAGAAUCCAAGCAAAAGACCUUCCUCAAUCCCAGCAAAUGCUCUUCCCCUUUAUCUUGUUCCAAGGGAUUGAAGAAUGAGUUCUGAAAUGACAUAUAAUGAAAGAAAUAUUUUUCAAGGAUUUGUGAAUGCCUAACAGGGGACAGGGGAAAAGACGCUGAAGAAAUUGAAGCUACAAAGUGAGAGGAGCUGCAGUAUGGGGAACUGCUGCCAGAAGAAUUGUGCAGGUCUGGAGUCCUAUGUGCUCUGGCUUUUCAAAGCCUGUGAUUGCAGGUCAGGAGGUAAGACUGGUGAAACCAUCUCUGGUCCCACAGAACCUCCGGUAGGAUCAUCCACAUCAUCUCCACCCAGAACAGUAGGGCAGACUUGCAGAUUUCUUGCCUUGUUUGCUUACCAAGCCCGGACUGAAGAAGAUCUGAGUUUUCAACCUGGAGAUAGGUUUGAAGUGCUGGAUACCUCUCAGGAGGGCUGGUGGUUUGCACAACUGCUUGUGGAGAAUGGUCUUGCCAGACCUGGACAAAAACUGCAAGGCUAUAUCCCAGCUAACUAUGUUGCUCCUGACCAGAGUAUUGAAGCUGAACCGUGGUUUUUUGGGGCUAUUAAACGAGCAGAUGCUGAGAAACAACUGCUUUACCCUGAGAAUGAGACGGGAGCCUUCCUAAUCAGAGAGAGUGAAAGUCAAAAGGGUGAAUUUUCCCUUUCAGUUCGGGAUGGAACAACCGCGAAGCACUACCGAAUCAAACGAAUGGAAAAUGGUGGUUUUUUUGUGACUCGGAGGACACCAUUUCACACGUUGAAUGCCUUUGUCAAGCACUACAGUACAUCUAGCGAUGGGCUGUGUGUAAGGCUUGGGAGGCCUUGCAUAAAGACAGAAGUCCCAGCCCCAUAUGAUUUAUCAUAUCAAACUGCAGAUCAGUGGGAGAUAGAUCGAAAUUCUCUGCAACUUUUGAAAAGACUGGGUUCCGGGCAAUUUGGUGAGGUCUGGGAAGGAUUAUGGAAUAAUAAUACACCAGUGGCAGUUAAAACAUUAAAACCAGGUUCAAUGGAUCCAAGGGACUUCCUCAGGGAGGCACAGAUAAUGAAGAAUUUGAGACACCCUAAGCUUAUACAGCUCUAUGCUGUUUGCACUUUACAGGAUCCAAUUUAUAUUGUUACAGAGCUGAUGAAACAUGGGAGUCUGCUAGAAUACCUCCAAAAUGAUGCAGGUUCCAGGAUCCAUUUGCCAGAACAGGUGGAUAUGGCAGCUCAAGUGGCCUCUGGAAUGGCUUAUCUGGAAUCCCAGAAUUACAUCCACCGUGAUUUGGCAGCAAGGAAUGUCCUGGUUGGUGAUCACAAUGUUUACAAAGUGGCAGAUUUUGGACUUGCACGGGUUUUUAAGGUAGAAAAUGAAAAUGUCUAUGAAGCCAAGCAUGAAACAAAGCUACCAGUGAAAUGGACAGCUCCUGAAGCAAUACGCUCUAAUAGGUUUAGCAUUAAAUCUGAUGUCUGGUCAUUUGGAAUACUCCUUUUUGAAAUAAUCACUUAUGGAAAAAUGCCUUAUGCAGGUCUGAUGGGUUUUCAAGUGCUCCAGAAACUGGAUCAAGGGUACAGAAUUCCUCAACCAGCUAAUUGUCCUCUAGAAUUGUACAACAUUAUGCUACAGUGUUGGAAUGUCGAACCCAAAGAACGGCCAACCUUUGAAACAUUGCAUUGGCGACUAGAAGAUUAUUAUGACAUGGAUUCCACAUCCUAUGCAGAUGCAAAUACUUUUAUACGUUGAAGGAAUACAUAUUGCUACUGUUCAAGAACACUUUUUCUUUAGGAAUUUAAAAAAAUCUUUUAAAGUCAAAGUUGUAGAAUGCAGGUACAUCUAUGUGUGUGCAUGUGUAGGUUGAUGUAUGUGUGUGUGUUUGUAUAUAUGUGUGUGUGUAUAUAUGUACUGUCUGCAAUGGAAUUGGAAGAAGGAAAGCCUUUUCUGCAAGAGUAAUGCAUUUGUUAGGCUAUUGCAUGCUACAUCAAACAAAGGCUGCUAUUUUCACCAAAGUAACUGUGAGAUCAAUCUAACCUCAGAAUAGAUAAAUGGUGAGCUUAAAAUACUGGCAAAGGCUAAGGAAUGUGUGUUUAUUAAAAUCUGUGACAUUAUGCCACAGUCUUGAUGGCAGUAUUUAUACUGUAAGAUUAAGGAAACUAAAAUAGGCAGGAUUUUUUCUCUCUCUCUCUCUGCUGUACAAUGAAGUUAUUCUUCUAUUUAUUAUUUAAACAAGAGAUAGUCAAGAACACAAAUCUUAAACAGCUGCUGCACAAGAGGCAUUGUAACACCGUACUUUUAAUGCUUUGGAAUGAUUAUGUGUACUUUCCAGAUUCCACAGCUAAUCUAUUAAAUCUCAUUGAUUUGGUUUUAUGAAAGAAUAUGAUUGUUCCUGUGCAUAGCAGGACCUGUCCAUAAAAACACUUUCCUGUACUUUUUUAUCUUUUCUAUUCAUACUCUGCAGCUACAAUGGCAAUGUUGAGUUAGAUGUUGGGAGUGCAUAUAUGCAAUGGAUAUAUAUUUGCUUUAGGAAAAAGAGGAUACACUUGGGGAAACACGUUCUGCAGAAAUAAUGGGAUUCUUCAAAUGGUAUCUGUUUGACAGUCAAGUGAUGAGCUUAAGUUGGUAAAUACAGCCUUUGUAAUUUUUAAAAAAAUCAAAUAUUACACAAUUAUAUAUGAGAACCUAUCUGAUCCCACUGCAUUAGAGUGCCAGCCUCUACUUCUUUUAGCAGGCCCUGAGUAGGGCUCAGCUGCUUUCAAGCAAUGAUUUCAAUUAAUUCUGUCAACCAAUUUUCUGAUGUGGAUGGAUUUCUGCUUUUAUUUGUCUGAUCAUGGACCACAGCACUGAUUGUAUUGGGCCACUCAUCCUGUUUAUGAAUUGCCUACUGGAAGUCUUUAGACUGUACUUCUAGGAGUGUGGAAAGAAUCUAGUGUAAAACAUUGGCAUGUUAAAUAAAAGCAAUUUCUCCAGACAGAGUUA